AUGCUCUACUACUCCCAGGACCAAGCGGACGAAUUUUUAGCAACAGUGGCUGCCGACCAUAUGGCCGUCGACGUAAUCGGCCGCAAACUAGGCGGAUCAGUAGAAAGCUGUUCAAAUGAAUGGUUUGCUGAGGCCAAGAACCUGAUCGAACCAAAAGCUCCCAUCAGAGAUGCCACCAAGUUUGUGCACUCGGGCGCGUGGUACGAUGGCUGGGAAACGCGUCGUCACAAUACCGAAGAGUACGAUUGGGUGAUUCUCAAGAUGGGUGUAGCUGCAGCGCAUAUCGUGGGUUGCGAAGUGGACACUGCGUUCUUUAACGGGAACCAUGCGCCUGAAGUCUCUGUUGAGGCGUUGUUUGCCGAAAAUGAGAGCCACCUAGCAGAAACCGAUUCGCGUUGGGAAGAAGUCAUCCAGAGGAAAGAGUGUGGGCCCUCCCAGAGGCAUUUUAUGCUGCGUCCACAGGCCACGGAUGCAAAAUACACUCACAUCAAACUUAAAAUGUACCCGGACGGCGGCAUUGCGAGAUUUAGGCUCUAUGGCCGCGUGGUUCCUCCGUCAGAUGCGGUUCUGAAGAGUUUGGACACAAUUGAUCUUGCUUCGGCCUGUAAUGGUGGGGUAGCUCUGCGUGUGUCCGAUCAGCAUUUCGGUUCUGCCGAUAAUUUGCUGUUACCAGGUCGGGGCUACGAUAUGUCUGACGGAUGGGAGACCAAGCGCUCCCGUGUGCCACACCACGUCGAUUGGGCCAUCAUCCAGCUAGGGAAACGGACCUCCAACAUUACCAGCGUUAUUGUAGAUACCGCCCAUUUUAGAGGAAACUUCCCUCAGUAUGUCACAGUCCAUGGCAUCGAUUCUUCGGUGGCCCCUACUCAUGACGAUCCCAACUGGUUUGUUAUCGUCGACAAGUCCCAGACCGGUCCAGAUUUUGAGCACCAGUUCGACGUCAAUGGUUUACAGGAUUCCAUAACCCACGUCAAGCUCACGAUCAUUCCAGAUGGUGGUGUUAAGCGUAUCCGCGUUUUUGGUAACUAA